UGAAGCAUCGAUGUGUGCACGUAUCAAUUUGUUGACAGUGUCUAACAAAGUCUACUAACCCAUCACACGGGGAAAGACUGUCAGAAUCCCUUGUUCAUAUUUGUUUAAAACACUUCAAACAUUUUUUUUUUUUUUUAAAUCUUUGAAUCUACCCUGCAUUAGUUCAAACACGAACUGCGUUUUAACUUGAUGAAGGUUUACAUUUCAUCAGAUAAAAGAGGUGCAUUGCAAGUUGCAUGAUAUCUGAUAUAAUUGUUCUGUUAUGAAAAACAAAAAAAAUUGGAUUCGAUCGUUGAUUUUUUACUGAGUUGAUACAGAUCAUCCAUGUACUUAAACGCCGUUUGUAACUCUUAAGUUUGUACAAAUCCUGAAAAUCAAGAACACGGCGCUGACCACGGGCGAGCUUAAGAUUUUGAGGUCCGUGGUUUUAUUCUAAUUGUGUAUUCUUCUAAAUUAGCACACUUUCCGGCUAAUGAUCUGAUAGUUAUGGAUGCCACGACGUUCAGGUUAGGCAUAGGGAUCGAUUUAGGGUUCAUGUUAGGCAUAGGGGUCGAUUUAGGGUUCAGGUUAGGCAUAGGGAUCGAUGUAGGGUUCAGGUUAGGCAUAGGGAUCGAUUUAGGGUUCAGGUUAGGCAUAGGGAUCGAUUUAGGGGUCAGGUUAGGCAUAAGUGUCAACCAAGAUGGCAGCCAUUGAGAAAAUAGUGGCAUCCAUACUCACCAUUUACCCAAUUUCCUGGUUCUUCCCCUCCUCCCCCAACCCCUAACCCCAACCCUAAGCCUAAUACUGAUGUAUGUAUCUACAUACGUAUCCCUACAGGUACAGAUAUAUGUAUAGGUAUCAGUAUAUAUCAUCAUAUCUAACCCUAGGCAUAAGUGUCAACCAAGAUGGCAGCCAUUGAGAAAAUAGUGGCAUCCAUACUCACCAUUUACCCAAUUUCCUGGUUCUUCCCCUCCUCCCCCCCCCCCCACCCAACCCCACAACAAAAAUAAAACGUAAACCUUUAAAAGGGAAU